UCGCCCUCACUCAGCCUCACCUAAAUCCACCACUGCACCCCUCUCCUCCUCUCCAUCCGCCGCCACCACCCCCUCGGUCUACACGUGCUGGUGCCAGCCCCUCUGACAGCUUUAGCUCAAGCAGAUCCACUCACGACGUCGCUUCCCCUCACACACCAAGCCGAAGGCCACAAGAAGAGAGUGGAUCUGUUGUUGAUUUAAAGAGGAGGUGGAGGUUUGCUGCCAUAGAAGGGAGAAGAAGAUCUUGCUGCAAGAGGUCAAAGGAGGAACAAGAAAGGCAAAGGAAGAAGUUUCCUUAAACCCUAAGAGGGCACCGGAGUAUGUCGCCACCGCGACAGGAGAACAGGAGGCAGGUGAUCGUCAAGGCCGAACCUGUUCCCUCGAUCACGCUCAAGGUGCUUGACCAGCAGAGUCGCAGGGCCUUCCACACCAUGAGGAUGAACGACAGGCUGCAGGGCGUCAUGGAUGCCUAUUACAAGAAGGUGUCCGACGACGUGACCUACGGCACCGGGAUCUUCAUGUUCGAUGGCUCCGUCCGGCUGCGGGGCUGCAACACGCCGGCGGAGCUCGAUCUGAAUGAUGGUGAUCAGAUCGAGUUCUUCGAGUCCAUGAUUGGCGGCGGAUGCAUGGGUUGAUGCUUGCGUUUAAGUACAUCAUUACUUGUGUUGCUUGCGUUUAAGACUUUUGAGUAGUAUUGCUGUCAAGUUUGUUAUAAUGGUUACCUGCACCAUAACGUAUCAUCCUUAUACUAUGCUUGUAAUGAUGCAGUCGUGAUUUUUUUAUCUUAAUUUAUC